AUUUGUUUGAAAGUUAGUUGAAUUAAUUGUUUAACAAUUCGUAACAAUUAAUUCAUAAUAAUUAUGCGACACUUAAUUCAUAUGUUUAUAAUUUGCGUUUCUUUACUGUUUACAGUAGUUUACGGCAAAUGUGGAUACGAUUCCUGUCCUGCUUUAGACAACAAUAAACUAAAUAUACAUUUUAUACCUCACAGUCACGAUGAUGUCGGUUGGAUGACCACACCUGAUGGUUAUUACGAUGGAUCCACUCGAGCUAUCAUUACAAAUGUUGUGAAGGCAUUGGAUGCCAACCCAGAGCGUCGGUUCACUCAAGUGGAGAUCUAUUUCUUCAACAGAUGGUGGAGGGAACAGACACAACAAGUCAGAGAUUUGACUCAAAAAUUGGUGAAUGAGGGAAGGCUGGUAUUUACCAAUGGUGGCUGGACUGUCAAUGAUGAGGGUGCCGCUCAUUAUAAUAAUAUUAUUGAUCAAAUGACUUUAGGAUUAAAAUUUUUGAAUACUACAUUUGGGUUAUGUGGUCAUCCUAAAGUAUCCUGGCAAAUUGAUCCAUUUGGGGCAUCACUUGAAAUGCCCUCUCUUUACGCACAAAUGGGUUUCGACGCUCACGUCUACAACAGAGGUCCCACUCAUGGAGAAUAUGUAUGGCACGCAUCCAAAGACUUGGAUCAGCGUAUAUUCACUACAAUAUUGCACAGCCAUUACUCAGCACCCAAUGGAUUCAACUUUGAAAACGGCAAUAACCCAGUGACUGACCAAAAUGUCGGCACCAAAUUGAAUCAAUUGAUUGGAGUGGCUAAACAGUGGAAUCAAGAUUAUGGCAGUGCUAACCAUGUUUUAGUCACAAUGGGUGAUGACUUCCAGUACAAAACAGCUGACAAUUGGUUCAAUAGUAUGGAUAGACUUAUACGUGAAGCCAAAGAACAUCACCCGGAGAUUAAUCUACACUAUUCAACACCCAAUUGUUAUAUCAAAGCUAUAAAUUCAUUGAAUAAAACUUUUGAAGAAAGAGAUGUCGAUUACUUGUCCUAUUGGGUCGGAUAUUAUUCAAACAGACCAUCACUUAAAUAUCAGGAUAGACUCACUAAUAAUAUGCUACAGGCGAGCAAACAGUUGGAAGUGACCACACGAUUAGAUUAUAAAAGAAAUGAUGUUUACUUAGAUGAGGCACGUAAUGAAGUGGCAGUUAUGACACAUCACGACGCUAUCACCGGUACUUCACCGCAGGCCACGGCUGAUGACUAUACCAGUCGAUUGCAAAGCGGUUACACCGCCGGUAAAGCUAUUAUUGAAAAAGCUUACAGUUAUGUUAAACAUAAUACAAAAGAUGCUUCAAAUGAUGUAUUUUGUGAUGUAUUAAAUAUAACGGACUGUAAACUAACCGAAACUAAUGACAAGAUCGCUGUCACCGCUUAUAAUCCAAUCGCCAGAACAAUAGAAAAGAAAAUAAGAGUUCCCAUCACUGAUGGAAACUAUAAUGUCUUUGAAUCUAACGGUCAAAAGGUAUCAAAUGUGGCUUUACUUCCCGUAUCAGAAGCGGUCAAACAAUUGCCCGAACGUAAGGGUAGUCUUAGUACACAUGAGUUGGUAUUUUCGGCUCAAUUACCUGGACUUGGAUUUAAUACAUAUUUCAUAGAAAAAGUUAAUACAUAUAAAAAUAAAAGAUUACUAAAAACAUUAAUAAGAGACAAGACUAAUGUUGAUAUGAAGGGAAAGUCAUUUACAUUACAAGUCGAUGAAACCACUGGUCAACUGAAAUCAAUUACAAUGAAUGGCAAGACUUACAAACUUAAUCAGUCAUUUAAAUGGUAUAAAUCCAUUGGCGGACAAAAAGGUCUCGAAGAUUCCGGUAGUUAUCAAUUCUGUCCGGACGGUAUGGCCAGGGAUUAUCCACAACAGAGUCUCAUAUCAAGACAUACUGAUAAUGGUGUACAUGAACUCAAUCAACAGUUUUCUGAUUAUAUUCACCAAACUGUUCGCACUUAUGAAGACAGAGAUUACAUUGAGUUUGAUUGGACUGUCGGAGGAAUACCUAUUAGUGACAAUUGGGGUAAAGAAAUUAUUACACGUUUUGAGUCCGAUCUCAUGACUGAAGGAGUAUUUUAUACGGACGCAAAUGGCAGACAAACUAUACGUCGAAAGUAUGACCCAAACCACAAGGGAUGUGUCAAUGAUGUUAUCACUGGAAACUGGUUUCCUAUUUAUAGUCAUAUUUCAGUUAAAGAUGAAAAUAAUGGACUUCAAAUGAGUGUUCUUAACGAUCGAACACAAGGAGGUUCAUCACUGAAUAACGGAUCCAUUGAAUUGAUGGUUCAUAGAAGACUCACUUAUAAAGGCCGGGGAGGAGACUUCAAAGUAGAUGAACCGGGAGUCGAUGGCAAAGGAUUAGAAGUCAGAGGAAAACAUUAUUUGUUUUUCAAUACUAUUCAAAAGUCACCGCAAUUAGUAAGAAGUUUAGCGGAGAAACUUUUAUUGCCACCGAUUAUCACAUUCAAUACAUACUCGACUAUUAAUGACUACAAAAUCAAAUAUCAGACCCAAUGGUCACCAAUGGGUCAAUCACUUCCCGAAAACAUUCAUUUAUUAAGUCUUGAAAAUUGGUCACAAAAUCAAGUGUUGCUUCGUUUGGAACACAUAUACGAGUCUUCAGACAAUAAUUUGUUAUCAAAACCAAUAGAUUUGAGUUUAGAUAAUAUAUUCAAAUCAUUCAAUAUUUUAUCGGCAAAUGAAAUGAAUUUAGCGGCGAAUCAGUUGUUGUCACAAACAAAACGAAUGAAUUGGAACUCAAAACACACUUAUUAUGACAAUCGACAUAACAGUGCCAUCGAUGACACUAACAAUCUAACGGUGCGAUUGACUCCACAACAGAUCCGUACUUUUAUUCUUACAAUUGAUAAUAAUUAUCAUAAAGAAGAUGAAUGUACUUACCAUUGGGUAAAUGCUAAACAGUCAUCAAUUCCUACCGAUGCUUAUGUCGCCGGUUAUGAUGUCGACAAAACACCACUUAAUGUGUGUCGUUAUAAAUAUAAAGACGAUAUGAUUGCUGGAAAAGCCGAUAAAAAUCUGGGAUGUGUUUUGACUUAUGGAGGAAAAGAAGUUUACAUUGAAAAUGAUCAAACAUUUGAAGUAUUAAUAGCUAAUAAUGUCCAAUGGGUUCCCCGACAUGGAGAGGACCCGAUACCCGAAGGAGCUCUAAUUGUUGGCACUAAAGGUGAUCCAAAUGCCAAAACAUAUAUCGGUCGGUGUUUUACACAUAACGCAGAAAUACCCGGAAAAGUUGACUAUAAUUUCUAUUAUGGUUUCAGUGGUUACGAACACAAGGAAUGCUCUAAUCAUGAUAUCCUUGUCUGUCAUUAAUUCGU